ACAAGAUUUCAAGGACAACUUUCAUUUCUUAUUUAGAAAAUUCAUUCUUCUUUUUCCUCCUAUUUUCCAUCUCUUCUUCUUUCCAUCCUACAAACUAUGGAAGGAAAAAAAGGUAACAUAAUCCUCUUCCCUUUCAUGGCACAAGGCCAUAUAAUCCCUUUCUUAGCCUUAGCUUUCAAACUUGAACAAAAGGGAUAUCAAAUCACUUUCAUAAAUACACCAUUAAAUAUCAAAAAACUCAAAUCAUCACUCCCUACAAACUCUUCAAUUCACUUUCUUGAAAUACCUUUUGACAGUACUAAACAUGGUCUACCACUAGAUGCUGAAAUCAAUGAUUCUCUCCCUUAUAAUCUUGUUUUCAAGCUUCUUGAAAUAUCCCCUACACUUGAACCUAAUUUCAAGAAAAUUCUAAGUGAUCUUGUUGAUGAAAAGAUUGGUUUUUUCAAGAAACCAAUUUGUGUUAUAGCAGAUUUCUUUUUUGGAUGGUCAGCUAAGGUAACUCAUGAAUUUGGUAUUUUCCAUGCUAUUUUUUGUGGUACUAGUGGAUUUGGAUUAGCUUGUUAUUACUCUAUGUGGUUAAAUUUACCUCAUAGACAUAGUGAUAAACUUGAGUUUAUAUUACCUGAUUUUCAAGAAGCUGGAAAAUUUCAUGUGACACAAUUGUCACCUAGUCUAGCUAUAGCAGAUGGAAAUGAUCCUUAUUCAAUUUUUCAGUUGAAAAAUCUUCCAACUUGGAAAAAUUCAGAUGGGGUUCUUUUCAAUACAGUUGAAGAGUUUGAUAAAAAUGGAUUAAUGUAUUUUAGAAGGAAAUUAUGUAUACCAAUUUGGGCAAUAGGACCAAUAAAUUUGCAAGAAAAUGAUAGAGUAAAACUAAGUCCUAGGAAAGAACUAGGAAUUUCCAUAGAUAUAUGCAAAGAAUGGUUGGAUAAAAAGGAGAAAAAAUCAGUUCUUUACAUAUGUUUUGGUGCACAAAAUACAAUCACAGCAUCUCAAAUAAUGCAAUUGGCAAAAGCAUUAGAUGGUCUUGAAAUAAAUUUUAUUUGGGUAAUUAGACCACCUUUAGGAUUUGAUAUAAAUGCUGAAUUUAAACCAGAAGAAUGGUUACCAGAAGGGUUUAUUCAAACAAUUCAAGAAAAUGAAAAAAGAGGACUAAUAGUGUUAAAUUGGGCACCUCAAGUUGAAAUCUUGGGACAUGAAUCAAUUGGUGGAUUUUUAAGUAAUUGUGGUUGGAAUUCAGUUCUUGAAUCACUUAUUAAUGGAGUUCCAUUAAUUGGAUGGCCAAUGGCAGCUGAUCAAUUUUUUAAUGCUAAAUUAUUGGAAGAAGAAAUUGGUGUUUGUGUUGAAAUGGCUAGAGGGACAACUUUUGAUGUAAGAUAUGGGGACUUAAUUGAAAAGAUUGAGUUAGUUAUGGGUGAAAGUGAAAAGGGAAAAAGAUUAAGAGGUAAAGCAUGUGAAAUUAAAGAAAUGAUUAAAGAUGCUGGUAGAGAUGAGGAUGAUUACAAAGGAUCUUCUGUUAGAGCUAUGGAUGAAUUUUUUAAUGCUGUUUUGCUGAUGAAAGAAAGGAUGGAGAUUGGCUCACAAUAAUUGAGUUUUUUUGGUUAAAGAUAAAGAAAUCAAGAAUAAAAGUUAUACCUCUUUCUUUACCUUUUUAUAUAUAUAUAUUUUUGGAUGUUUCAAGGUUCUGUUAAAAAAAGAUAGCCCGAUGCGCAAAGUAUCAUGCAUUUAUACAGGGUCCGAGAAAGGAUCGCACUCUAAGAGGCAUGAUGCAAACAGCGUAUCCUAAUACAAGCAUUAAUAGUUGUUCCUACGGCUUGAACUCGUGACCUAUAGGUCACAAAGAAACAAAAUUUUGUUUACUUUUGAAAAAGCAAUGUCUAUUAUUUUGUACAAAAAAUAAGAUUGUGGA